CCACACAUGCGCGGUCACAACACACUGUACACGGAUGUCCGCGCGGGCACGAAGCAUACGCGUGCACCCUCUGACGAAAUUUACGUUAGGCGGACCCUAGCGGACCCUCGCGGACGCGGAAAGUAUAAUUUCAGCUCUACGAAGUGACAACUUAUGAUGGCGAGCCCUCUUCAUGUGUCUGUGCCCCGCUCUUCCCGCCUCUCUGCACGGAGGCGACUGUCGCUGGGCUGAGCUCGGAGCCGUUUUCAUUUCCCUCUCCCUGGAUGAGCCGAGCCGCCAAACUCCUGCGAGGGUUGCUCGACUAUUCAAGGACAUUUUAACGUUACCAUAGCUACCUUGGCCUUUUCCUGCCGAUUGAGGAAACCCAGCGUGUGGUUGUCCGCCGCAAUGAUGUGGUCACAUUUUGUAAACAAGAGGAGAAGCUGCGGUUGAUAUCAUGUAACACACUCCUGACGGGCUGAUGAUGAUAUUUCUCUACGGAUCAUCUUUGCUUGUCGUACCCGCACACCCUUCCUCCGCUGAAGGGCCAACACAGACAGCCGGCGACGUAAAGGAAACCAGCUGCUGACUUCAGAUGCGCUCAGUCUCAGUUAUGGCAUCGUUUCUAUAGACCUCAUCAAGUCCACCUCUGCUUCAUGCUGAGAGAAAACCCGCGGUUUACUGGUGUAACCCCCCUCCCAAAAAAAAAAAAAUCGCUGAGAGAGGCCGAUGAACUUUGAUUUGCUGGAGUGCUGGAGCGCAGCGAGGCCAGAGGUGCAUCAACUCCAGGAACCAUCAAUGUGGACUUCAGCUGGUGAUUUGACAAGUCACAUAUAGAGCCCCGGAGCCUCUCCUGUCCCCUCUCUCCUCCUCCCUUCCCUCUGCCCCUCCCUCCCCCUUUCCCUGGUCAAUCUUCUCCCUAGUCCCCCUUUCCCCCCUCAUCCAAGAUUCACCAUGCUCAUCAAGGAGUACCGCAUCCCCAUGCCCAUGAGUGUGGAGGAGUACCGCAUCGCCCAGCUCUAUAUGAUCCAGAAAAAGAGCAGAGAAGAGAGCUGUGGCGAAGGAAGCGGGGUGGAGAUCUUAGAAAAUAAGCCCUACACAGAUGGACCGGGUGGGACGGGCCAGUACACCCACAAGGUCUACCACAUUGGCAUGCACAUUCCCAGCUGGUUCCGCUCCAUCUUGCCCAAAGCGGCGCUGAGGGUUGAAGAGGAGUCCUGGAAUGCCUACCCUUACACCCGCACCAGAUACACUUGUCCCUUUGUUGAGAAGUUCUCCAUUGACAUUGAGACAUACUACAAACCUGAUACCGGCAACCAAGCAGAUGUCUUCAACAUGUCUGCAGCAGAAAAGAGGCAGAGGACAAUCGACCCAAUCGACAUAGUGACAGAUCCCAUUCCCCCACACGAGUACAAAGCAGAGGAGGACACGCGGCUCUACAAGUCAGACAAGACUCAGAGGGGUCCUCUGCAGGAUGACUGGAUAGAGGAGUACAAUAAUAACCCCGGGAAGACCCCUAUCAUGUGUGCCUAUAAACUGUGCAAGGUUGAGUUCCGCUACUGGGGCAUGCAGUCGAAGAUUGAACGAUUCAUCCAUGAUGUUGGACUGAGAAAGGUGAUGGUGCGAGCCCACCGGCAGGCUUGGUGCUGGCAGGAUGAGUGGUACGGUUUGACCAUGGAGGACAUCAGGCAGCUGGAACUGGAAACCCAGUUGGCCCUUGCCACGAAGAUGGCUCAGUUCAGCCAGGCGGAGGAGGCCACCGAGGCCAAUGGAGGUGCCCUGUCUCCAGACAAAGAACAAGAGGCUAAAGAGGCGAUCAACUCCAUCGAAGCUGAGGAGGUUGUUGUCAGCUCAGGAGGAGAGACUCUCCAGCCACGAGGUGUACUCACCAAGCAGUGGUCCACUUCAUCACGGUCCUCCCGCUCAUCCAAGCGAGGAGUGAGCCCAUCACGUCACAGCAUCUCUGAGUGGAGGAUGCAGAGCAUAGCAAGAGACUCAGAAGACAGCUCGGACGAGGAGUUCUUCGACGCGCAUGAGGAUCUCUCAGAUGGCGAGGAGGUCUUUCCAAAGGAGAUCACCAAGUGGAACUCCAAUGACCUCAUGGACAAGAUUGAAGCUGCAGACACAGAAGAAACUCCUGGUGAGCUGUUCCAAGAAAUGACAGUGGAUUAUGAGAGAGCAACCAGUGAAGAAAGACUAGACGAGAUGCGUGGCUCUGUUAGCGGCCAAGCAGAUAGCUCUCCCAUUCCCACCAUCAUGGUAACAAGGCACCAGUCAGAGAGCUCAUCCCAGCAGUGUCUGCAGCCAUCCAAGAUCCAUGUGCUGAUCUUGGUUCUGCACGGAGGGAACAUCCUGGACACAGGCGGAGGGGACCAGAACAGCAAGCAGGCCGAUGUCAACACGAUCAGUACAGCUUUUGACACAGUCAUGCGUGUUCAUUACCCCGCUGCGCUAGGACGCAUCGCCAUCCGCUUGGUACCUUGCCCUGCCAUCUGUGCCGAGGCCUUCUCCCUGGUGUCCAACCUGAGCCCAUACAGCUACGAUGAGAGCUGUCUGUCCAGCAGCCAGGACCACAUCCCGCUGGCAGCUCUGCCCCUGCUGGCCACCUCUGCUCCGCAGUAUCAGGAGGCAGUGGCGACUGUCAUUGUCAGAGCAAACCAGGUGUUCACCGACUUCAUUAAGUCUCUGGAUGGUGCUGCUUUCUCUGGCCAGGUUUGCCUCAUUGGGGACUGUGUCGGAGGAAUUUUAGGGUUUGAUGCACUGUGCAGUACCAAUCAGACAGUCAAUGAAAGUCAAAACAGCAGCCGUAGAGGCAGUAUCGUCAGCGUUCAGGACCAGGACCUCCUCUCUCCAGGCAUCAUUGUCAAUAGCGGGCACGGGUCAGCAUCUCCGACCCUGGAGGGCAGCCGCCACCUCAGCCGCAGUAACAUUGACAUCCCUCGCACCAGUGCAGGUGACGACACCAAGAGACAACUGCCGCGCAAGAGAAGUGACUCCUCAACCUACGAACUGGACACCAUAAAACAGCACCAGGCCUUCCUGUCCAGCUUACACUCCAGUGUGUUGCGGAGUGACGCAGCCUCACGCAGGUCAAGCAGCAGCACUAUGCUGGAUGGAGGCUCCCUGGGGAAGUUUGACUUUGAAGUGUCUGACUUUUUCUUGUUCGGCUCUCCACUGGGUUUGGUGCUCGCCCUGAGAAAGACUGUCAUUCCUAUGCUGGAUGUGGCCCAGCUGCGGCCCGCCUGUCAGCAAGUUUAUAACCUGUUCCACCCAGCCGAUCCCUCCGCCUCCCGCCUGGAGCCUCUCCUGGAGAGGAAAUUUCACCUCCUGCCUCCAUUCAACGUGCCCCGUUACCAACGCUUCCCUCUGGGAGAUGGAAACUCAGCUCUACUGGUGGAGACAGUCCAGAGCAACGCUCAGCUGCUACUUGACAGCGGGCCUCCCCUAUCCCUUCGCUGUCAGGAGACCAUCAGUGAGACCUGCAUCCCUGUGCCUGUGCUAAACUGGCAGGAGGGCUCCCUCAAAGCCACACCCGCCACUAUGGAGUCGGAUGUUGUUCAGUCUCAUGGUGGUGUCUUCAUGGACAGUUCGUACCCCUCAUCCCCUGUAACGGGCCCCCCCUCCCGGGGCCAGCGGAGGGCCAGUGAGGUCAGCAUUGCCAGCCAGGUCUCAGGAAUGGCAGACAGUUACACUGCCACCAACAUAGCCAACACUAUAUCAUGCCAAAUUAACCAAUCCAAAAAGUUCAGCCUUUUGUCCCAACUUGCCCUAUCGUCACAAAACAAAUUCUUCCUGAAAAGUCCUCCUAAAAGCCGUAAGAAAGCAGUGGCUGACCAGGCUGCAGGAUUUCCCGAUGCAAAUCUAGUGGCAGAGCUGGACUCUGAGGCAGAAACAUGUGAUGGUCUAAGUCCCACUGGCCAGUUUGAGAACUGCCUGUCAGCGGGGCUGGACUCUGCUAUAUGUGAUCUGGUCUCGCUGGACUCCCAGGCUGAAGUAGAGCAAGUUGCAGCACGUUGGUGGGGCACAAAGCGACUGGACUUUGCCCUCUAUUGCCCCGAUGCUCUGACUGCUUUCCCAACAGUGGCUCUACCGCACCUCUUCCAUGCAUCUUACUGGGAGUCCACUGAUGUUGUGUCUUUUCUCCUGAGACAGGUCAUGAGGCACGAAAACUCAAGCAUCCUAGAGCUCGAUGGGAAAGAAGUGUCUGAAUUCACUCCCUCCAAACCUCGGGAGAAGUGGCUCCGCAAGAGGACUCAUGUGAAAAUCAGGAACGUGACUGCCAACCACCGUGUAAGUGACGCUGUAUUCACAGAAGACAGUCAGCAGGUCGUGAUGGGUCGCUUCAUGUAUGGCCCUCUGGACAUGGUCACUUUGGCCGGGGAAAAGGUUGACCUUCACAUCAUGACCCAGCCUCCAUCAGGAGAAUGGGUGUACUUCAACACAGAGGUGACCAAUAGUAGUGGCCGUGUGUCUUUUACCAUCCCAGAGGACAAGCGCCUGGGCAUUGGAGUCUACCCAGUCAAAAUGGUUGUCAGAGGUGACCACACAUUUGCUGACAGCUAUCUCACGGUUAUCCCUCGAGGCACAGAGUUUGUGGUAUUUAGCAUUGAUGGGUCAUUUGCUGCCAGUGUGUCAAUCAUGGGCAGUGACCCUAAAGUGCGGGCAGGAGCUGUGGACGUCGUCAGGCACUGGCAAGAUUUAGGCUAUUUGAUCAUCUAUGUAACAGGACGUCCAGACAUGCAGAAGCAGCGGGUAGUGGCUUGGUUGUCUCAGCACAACUUCCCUCAUGGCAUUGUCUCCUUCUGUGAUGGUCUCGUCCAUGACCCGCUCAGACACAAAGCCAACUUCCUCAAGUCCUUGACGGAGGCUCACUUGAAGAUUUUUGCUGGCUACGGAUCAACCAAAGACAUCUCCGUCUACACCUCCAUUGGCCUGCCUCCCUCCCAAAUAUACAUUGUCGGUAGACCCUCCAAGAAGAUGCAGCAGCAGUGUCAGUUCAUCACAGAGGGAUAUGCAGCUCAUUUGUCUCAGCUAGAGUACAACCAUCGCUCUCGGCCAGCCAAGUCCACCAGCGCACGCAUGGUGCUCCGUAAAGGCAGCUUCGGCUUGGGUGCAAAUGGUGACUUCCUGAGGAAGAGGAACCACCUGCUGCGCACCAUCUCCUCCCAGCCAGCCCCCAGCUCCCCAACAGGCAGCAUCCACAACAGACCAGAGCGCACGCAGAGCCAAUCAGACAGCGAACGGCUGGAGCGGGAGCGGCUGGAGCGCACUCACAGCCAUACCCAGGGAGCGUCACAGCGCAGCAUGAGCAUCACGGCGAGCUGCUGGGGCCGCAGCAGCAGCACAAAGCUGGAACCAGGAGUUUUCAGCCCCAAGUGAGAUUGGAGAGACAUUGUGAAAUACCUUCUGAGGAGUGACAGGUGGCACAAGUUAAUGCAAAGAGUGAAAAACAGUUUGCUUGCACCAGAUGGGUAAAUACCACAAUGAAAAUAACAGGUGCUACAAACCACUCUUCAUGAAAACAUCAGUCACACUCAACAUUUAUGGACAGAGUCUACGGCUACAUUUAGUUUAAAACCCAAAACCUAACAGGCAUUUUAAGAUGCAUCUUCCCAAAGCAGGAACAUGCAAACACAGACGUAGCUAAUAUUGUAUGUUGUACUGUUUCUUACUGUUUAUUAAAUAUUUAUCAGUCUUGAAUACAAGUCAGUUAGUCGGUUUUCCUCUUACAGUAGGCUUUUAGAUUGGAUCGGUUACACAUAUAAGAACCCCCAUACUGUAUACGUCAGUGAACAAAACAAAGUGGUUACAGUAAGCCUUUUAUCAGGUCCAUGAGCUGAUACUGCACUGUAACUGACUACUGUGGCCACAUCAAGCACAACUAUUACUAUAAACAUAAACUUUUUUGUGUAAUAGAUUUCAAGCUAUACGUCCUGUUUGUGUGAUUUUUUUUUUUUUUAAGAUUAUUAUUAUUUUUGGCUUUUUUGCCUUUAUUGCAUAGUGGGCAGUGAAGAGGCAAAGAGGAAACAAUGGGAAAGCGAUGGGUAAUGACAUGCAGCAACAGCUGGAAUCAAACCAGGGACGUUGUGGUUAUGUGGUGUGUGCAGUAACCCUUUGGCUACCAGACCGCACCUGGAUAAUCUAGUCUGAGAGCAGAAUGAAAAUCAGGUAAAACUGGAUUGAAUGUGUUUGUUUUCAGGGUGCGGCCAAACAAACAUAGAAACAUUUAGCCAAAAAUGAAUCUUGUCAACAUUUUUUAGGAAAAUCAUUGUAAUAUAAAUCAACGUUUGGGUGAUUUAUAAACUAACUUGAAGCGAUUUGAUCAAGAACUCGUACUGCUUUUAGCUUUCUCAAAAGAGCAAUGACAAAAUAUUGCUAACAUUUGCAAGCUGAUUACCAAACCACACAGUUCAGUUUUGCUUGUUUUCUAGUCUUCCCUCAGGCCAAAGAACCAUCCAAAUAUCCCAUGAAGGAAAAACAUUUCCCUUUAACUAUGGUUGCAGCUGAAACUGGUUUUUAUAGCAUUUCAUCAGGCUGUGCUGCUGCACCUGCCUGAAUGAGUAACGUAUGACGCCACUUUAGGGAAAACUCUUGCUACUUGUACAGUUAAUGUGCCAAAGUAAAAAGUACAGACUGAUAUGCUGUACGUGAACAGAGAGGACACGAUUUGGGUCUCCUGUGUAAAAAUGGAGUAGAGUGUGUAAGUAUGUAGUUGAAUGCCUUAACAAGGCUUAUGUAUAUAAUUGUUAUAUUACAGUGCAGAUCUGGUAUCUGGUCCAGUGAAGACCAGCUUCAAGUGUCUUCUUUACUCCGGGGUUAAACACCACCUCAUUCAGGAUACACUUUAUUGAUUAAUGAUGAUUAUUAUUGUUAUUUAAGAUUAUAGAUAUUUUAAAAAUGUAUUGAUUUUGUGAACAAAAAUGUGUUUUAAGAUUACUUUAGCUACAUUAUGUUUUGUUUUUGUUUUUUUCCUUCUUCAAACUUCAGUUGCAGCAGCCAAAACUUGAGAGGUCUUUGCUUGGCACAGUAUUGUAUUUUUAUUAUUGUAUCUCGCAGAUCACCAGAAUUAUAUCAACAGAACUGCUGUCUUGUGUCAUAUAUUGUACGUUUGUUAUAUCUAUUUUGGAAGUUUGGGAUAUGGCUUCUCUCUGGUUAUCCCUAUGCUGUAAAUGAGGUGUUGAAUGUGCUCAUAGAUAAUCCUCCUUAAGUUAAGGUCUCUUUCUCUGUUUUUCUGCACCUUUUUAGAGGAAGAAAAAAAAUCUGCAAAUUGUAAAUUCUGUACAAUACGCUGUCAGAUGUAGGAACACACAGCUAAGACUUUGCUUUAUGCUGUUGGCCAGCUAUUUCUGAAAUGGGUGAAACUUUGUGGUUUAUUCAUUCAAAUGAUGUGUCUUUGUCCUUCGAGUAGGCAUGUACAGAGCUGACUGCAAUGGACCAAUAUGGGCUCAAACGGAAGGGGAAACGUGCAAUAUUUUACUCAACCGCACCACCAGAUCAAACAGACUGUGUUGAGGAAAUGUCACAGUGCAUUGACAAUCAGUUCAAACAGGCACAUAUUCUACAGAUGUCAAAUUUGCAGAGCGUACCUGAACGUGUCACGGCACUCAACAAACAUUUGUAAAGUAUCUCAAAGUUGAGACUUGUCAUGGGAAAAGAAGUGCCACUGACCUGAUAACGGAUAAUAGUACAGUAGGUUUCCUCCUGUGGAUACACAUGCUCAGUCUUAACUGUUUUUAUCAAUGUUUCCAUUCCAGCACACGCAGGUCUAGAUGAAUCCAUUCAACAGUUAAAAGUGACCCAGAAAUUUCCACGUCAGCCCUGCAAUAAAUCCUACCUUAAUGAA